GUUCACAUUGACAAUUUAAUUUAUUCCCAACUCUCAAAAAAAAGAACCAAUUUAUAAUUAUUUACAACCAUCCAACAAUUUACCUCAACAAUUAACAAAUAACAAUUUAAUUUCCUGUGAUUAAUGAAAAAAAAAUAUUUACUUUCACAACAAUUUAAAUUGUUCUCAAGUUAAUCAAAUCAACUAAGACUCCAAAGUAUCAACGAAAAACUAAUCAACUUAUUCCAUUUUCAUCGAUCAUUAAUAAUCAAUAAUAUCAUCAAAAAAAAGAAUCACAAUUGUAACAAUUAACUUGAAGAAAAUUAAAUUUAAUUGAUCAACUUUUCCCUCAUUCAAAUUCAGUCUCUGGGUUGAUCUUAUUGGUUGAUGUUUGUUUUUGUUUACUCUUUUCACUUUAUUGUUUUUGUUUUUCUCCAACCAAAUUAACUAAUUAAUCCAUGAUGAUUUAACCUUCUACACGUCAACUUGAUUAAUUAAUCAUGUACAGAAUAUGUAUGAUUUCGGAUUUUUUUUACCCAAAUUCUGGUGGUGUUGAGAGUCACAUUUUCCAAUUAUCUCAGUGUUUAAUUAAUUAUGGACACAAGGUGAUUGUCUUGACCCAUUCUUAUGGUGAUCGAAAGGGAAUUCGUUUCAUGUCAAGAGGAUUAAAAGUCUAUUAUUUACCAUUCGCCGUAAUCUAUAAUCAAUGUACUCUACCAACUCUAUUUGCUUCCCUACCAUUGAUCCGAUCCAUUUUAAUUAGGGAACAAAUUAACAUUGUCCAUUGUCAUUCAGCCUUUUCUUCAAUGGCUAUUGAAUCAUUGAUUCAUGGUAAAUUGUUGGGAUUAACCACCAUCUUUACUGAUCAUUCAUUGUUUGGAUUUGCCGAUGUUUCCGCCAUCAUAACAAAUCAGCUUCUUGGGAUGUCGCUCAUUUUUGCCAAUGCGGUUAUUUGUGUUUCUCAUGUUGGUAAAGAAAACACCGCAUUGAGAGCCGGUGUCGAUCCAACCAAAAUAUAUGUUAUCCCAAACGCUGUUGACACCAAUGUUUUCAAACCUGAUCCUUCAAAACGUGACUCAAAUUAUGUUACAAUAAUUGUGGUCAGUCGAUUGGUCUACAGAAAAGGAAUUGAUCUAUUGAUUGAAGUGAUACCAAUAAUCUGUGAAAAUUAUUCAUCAACUCGUUUCUUUAUUGUCGGCGAUGGACCUAAGCGGGUUAAUUUAGAGCAAAUGAUUGAGGAGAAUCAACUUCAAAGUCGAGUUAAAAUGUUCGGUAUGGUUAAACAUGAGAACAUUCAAUCAAUUCUAAUUCAGGGUGAUAUAUUUCUUAAUUCAUCUUUAACUGAAGCCUUUUGUAUGGCGAUAAUUGAAGCCGCUGCUUGUGGAUUACAAGUUGUCUCAACCAAUGUCGGUGGUAUUCCUGAAGUGUUACCCAACCAAUUAAUCUGGUUAACUGAACCAACUGUUGAUGGUUUAAUCGAUGGUAUUAAUCGAGCAAUUAACGAUCUAAAUGAUGGUAAAGUGUUACCACCAGUUGAUUGUUAUAAAAAGAUCCAAGGUUAUUAUCAAUGGAAAGAGAUGACAAGUCGAACCCUAAAAGUAUACGAGACAAUUGUUAAAGACAAUUCGAAACCAGUUAACUAUUAUCUUAGAAAAUUAUGGAAAAGAGGAUCAAUUUGUGAUCUAUUGAUGAUUUUUAUUCUAAUCAUUGAAUAUUUACUUUUAACCCUUUGGUCUUACCUUUUACCCGCCGAUAAUAUUGAUCGAGCAGUUGAAUUUCCCAGUAUUUUAACCUGAUUAACAUAAAUGUUUACCCUUCACCUGAGCUGAUUUGGUAAGGCCUAUGGACUGUAUAGAUCGAUCCCGUUUGGUUUUGAAUUUUUGUCUCCAGGCGUAAAAGCGGAAACAAAGAAUACCCGAAAUUAUAUGGUAACUUGACUGGUUCCCUUUUUCCUUGUCAUAAAACCAGAAAAAUUUCUCUACCUUUGGGCCAUUUUCUUUGUGAUUCAACGAUGGGACAAGGUACAAGUGCCGAUAGGAUUCAUUGUUCUUGUCAUGGUGAAAACUGGGGGCCCAAGUUCGUGAUUAUUGUCUUCACGUUUAUAUUUUCGUUUUUUUUCAAUUUCCAUUCUUAUGGUUGGUACCUACAUGAAGUUGUUCAUAUUGGUUCAAUUGCUGAGAGAGAGGCUUUGGCGAGACAAAAUUUGGCUCAAGUGUGACAAACAAAGUGUCCAUUGAAUUUGGAAGUUUUCUCAACCCUUUGUACCAUCUUUUCACCAGAGUUUCAGUGUUCAAGAUUCCAUCGCAAAUACAGUUGACCACCAUGGAGAACUUUAAAAUGCCAAUCAGCAUCAGCCGAUUCGGGUUCGUGUUUAUGGCCUGGUUAUCGCUUUGUGUUUCUCUUUGGAUCUACCAAAAAGGGAAAAUUUAUCGAUAUUCGAAAGUGUGGAAAUCCAUUUAUCUUGAUUUCCAUUGAUUUCUAACUGUGAUUAACUUUCGUAUAGAAUUUACUUAAACAAUUUAUUUAAACAUCUUUUUUAUUCUUUGAUUGGAAAUCCGUUUUUGUGAGCAAUUGAGAAAAUAAAUUUCAACUUUUUUCUUCUAAAA